CGUGAAAUAGGGAUGACAUUAAACUACAUGAAGUGAAUACAUUUUGCGAAACGUGAUAAGGUUUUGGCAAAACUCGUCAAAGUCAAGGGAUAAAAGGUAUUCGUUGCAGGCCAAAUAUGAGCCGCAAAAACGGUUGAGUUGUUGAUAUUCUGAGUAUGUCACAACAGUCAAAACUUCAAGUCCAGAACCACCAGAGAGAGAAAUGUUGUUAAACUUCUGUCACCCCUGUCUGAGGCCAGAGAUCAGCUGUAGUACAAUAAGCACCGAAGGGUACGACGUGAAGAAUCUCGUGAGCGAAUCAUCGCAGGGUUUUUUGGCGUACGCAUGUAUAAAACCGCCCAUAAACAUUGACCUAACCUUUAUUUGCAACGUUGAAAUAAGCCGAGUGAUAGUCUGGCCCUCAGUCGGCUCCCAGAAAUCGUCCGGGUUCCAGCUGAUGGCUAAAUCGACCACCGAUAUUGGAGCACCUUACUCCACAUUGUCGAAUGCAUAUUUAAGCGAUGCUCAGGGUGGAGUCAUUUUCUAUAGGAGAGACAUAAACGAGACUCUGACUUCUGUACCGAAUGGCUUCUUACAGCGGUAUAUCAAGAUCUCUGAUCACCAUGCUGUGAACAAGGCUACUAAUCUUAGACUUUGCAUUGUCAAGACGGAAAACUCUGUUCCUGCCAUUGGAAGAAUUGAAGUCUGGGGGAGAGUUGCACGAUACUGUGGAAGAGACGUCAUCGCUGGAGUAAAUUCGCUCUGGACACAGGAACACAGUCCCUCUAUUCCUAUUAUUGAUGAAAUCACAGAGGCUCCGUCGGAAAAAGAUGAUCAUGACACUUUGGUGAAGAGUAACUGCGCCAUAGAAAUACCAGAAGAUUUUCUUGAUCCAAUAACAUAUGAAGUAAUGGUGCAACCAAUUAUGCUGCCGAGUGGUAAGAUCAUUGAUCAAUUGACUCUAGAACGGCAUGAGCAAAAUGAAGCCUUAUGGGGCCGUUCACCGUCUGAUCCGUUCACUGGUAUUCUGUUUGGAAAUACCUGUAGACCAAUAAUAGCAACAGCACUUAAAGCGAGAAUUGACAAAUUCCUAAUAGAAAAUAGUAACGAAGCAGAAAUAAAAAAAUUGCCACGAACGGUUGGUCGGAAGAGAUCGCAAACUCAAGUAUGUAAUCAGUUAAUAGGUGUUGAAAAAAUUGUCUGUGCAAAUAGCAAGUCCAGUGUUUUAAAAGUAAAAUCUAGUCACACAUUGAAGCGAAAUAUUCCACUGAACUUGACGAAUAGCCAGCACAAACUUCCUGUUCCGGUUAUGUGCACCAAACAAUCCGUCAAAGUAGAUGCGAGGGAACCUAAACGAUCUAAAUUAAAUGAAACUCCGCAAUGCUGUACAAUCGGCAAUGAUAUCGACAUUGAGGGUGAUUGUGUGAGGAAUAUUAGCAACGAAAUGGACGAUGAUUUGGAAUUGAAUGUUAAGUCUGUCUUGUCAGGUCUGAAACGAUUCAAUGGACCAAAAACUAGCGAGGCAUCUGGAGUAUCGAAAGGUUGCUCGUGUUGCAAGACUAGUAUUAUGUACAAAUUACCAUGCAAGCACGUUAUUUGUAGGAGAGUUCUUACAACUGUGAAAAUGCCACAGUGCCAGCAUUGCGGCUUGCCUUAUGCAACGCGUGACCCGAUAAGGAUACACGAGUAGCUCUUUCCUAAAAUUGAUUGUUAAGUGUAAAUAGUUUGACGAUAUUGUUGUUCAGGUUUGUAAUAAAUGAUCUUCUUUA